CCUUCUUUGAAAUAUUGUGUUUGUUUCUUGGCGCGAGUGUAAGCGUAGUUGAAUGAAUGGUAUCGUUGCAUCGUUCGUCGUAUUAAAGAAGAAUAGAGAAUGAAUGUCAUUGUUAUCGAAUCUAGCUUGUACGUGACGAACAAUGGGGAUGGGGGCAAUAUUGCAGAGUGACGCUGGGUAGUAUAGUUGUUAUAGUUUGUAGUGCAACUUACACCAGCUCAUUUUGACGCUGUUUCUACUGAUACGUAUUUUAUAGAAAUUCGAGAAAAAAUAAACUGAUGUUCACCAGCGUUAACGAAGUGAUUCCGUAGUUGUAAGACUUAUCUUUAUUUUUGAGAAACUGGAAAAUAGUAACAGACAUGGCUUCAAACGCUAUGCGCCAGUUGGAGGAGAGGCAUGUUGCCAGUAAAAUUGAGCGUAUGGUGUGGUCCAACAAAAUGGAUCUUCUAGCAUUGUCCAAUGUUAGAGGUGAAGUUGCAUUGCACAGAUUAACAUGGCAGAAGGUUUGGUCAUUUCCACCUCCGUCAGAAGGAUUGUCUGUGAAGGGAAUGGCAUGGAGACCAGAUGGGAAGGUGAUUGCUAUUGGCUACAGCAAUGGUGAAAUACUUUUGGUGGAUGUGGAGAACAAAGAAAUAUUACAUUCCACACAGACUCAGAAAGAGGUUACAUGUAUUUCAUGGGUCCAGGAGAGAGAGAAAUCCAAAGAUGUCAGAAGGAAGGGAACUGAUGACAGCACAACUCCUCACUCUUCUACCAUUAAACAUUGCAGUCCAUUCCUGCCAAAACUGCCCUCUCUUUCCCGCAGCUUUGGCCCUGGUACUGGUUGUGUGGUAGACGAUAAUCCUGAGGACUGCAAAAAGGUACUUGAUCAGGAGCACAUUAACCUCCUGUUGGUGGGUCUGGAAGGAGGGCAGUUGCACAUGAGUGUCUUUGGGCUGUUUCCCUGUGGUCAUCUGGACAUGCAGGAGAGUGUAACCGGAGGAAAACCAUGCACAGUUCUGUCAGCGGAUGUUUCUGAUGACCUUCGCCUGUUGUUUGUAGUGCUUGGUGGACCUGUGAAUGAUUUAGGAUUUACUGAAAUUAGUGUUGCAGUCUUUGACAUUUCUGUACUUGCUGAACGGUCAACUGAGCUCCAUGACGUGGCUUUGAAGCAUGCUGUUAUUGACAGUCUUCUGACAUACACAGGACUUACAGUCCAGUCUAUUGCAGAAGCCUGGGAGAAUAUUUUGCUUGAAAUGGACUCAAAGUUAGCCUCCUAUGCUGAUACAGUCCCUGAAGGUUCUGUGUCAGCAGACUUCCUUGAUCUCCUGAUGUUUGGAACAACAUCACUUGAAUUGGAAAAAUUUCUUCUUCAUGACCUGACAGAAAAAGGGUUGAAGAAACUUGGACAUUCUAUUGAACUUAGUUACUCAAAUAUUCAAAAACUUGUACUGAAACAUCUGAAUACAGUUGGACAGAGUCUAGCAUAUCAUUUGGCAGAAGUACGUGGAAUGUCACGGCUAGAAGACCGCUACAAAGUAUUGGGACUGGAAGAAGCUGCCGUCACAAAAGCCAUUGCUGCCACUGGAGCAUUUCUGGUUAAAGCAACAGAAAUACAGCAAGUUAUUGACAGCUCCAUGAAGAAUUACAAGGCAUUCUUUCGCUGGCUGUAUCUUGCUAUUCUGAGACUGUCUGAAGAGCGCAUCCCACCUGAAAUAUCUAAAAUAUCACAGCAAGAACUAGCAUUUAUAGCAGAUUUCUUGUAUAACCUUGAUGAUCCAUCAGAAAAACCUGGAAGCCCUACUGCUACACCAGGAGGCUCAAAACGAAAACACAGGUUCAACUUAGAGCGUCUGGGACAGUAUCUGGUAGACUCUGAGCUGACAUGCCCACCACCAGCAGAAGCAACUGCAUGGGCAAGAUUUCUUGCUGGAAAUCCUGUAGUAGCUGAACACCCAUCAAUUGUGUCCCACAAUCGUACGUUUUCACUUGUCCAACAACAUGCAGAGAUGGUUAAAGUUCUGGGCACUGCAUUUGGAGAGCCUGAGAAAACACUUACUACAGCCAUGAAGUUGGCUCAUUCAGUGUGUGGGCUGGAUGUUUCUGGCAAGACGGCUGGGGCAUCAGGUCUUCGAAUUGCUCACACAACAUUGCAAGAUCCUGUAAAAUUGCUUGUUGUGUUCACUGAUUCACCACCACCAGCAACUGGCAUUUAUAUGCUUCAGGUACCAACGGCGAAUAUGAACUUAGAGCCAUCUCAGUGUGUGAAACUUCAUUUCCAAAAGCCUGGUGAAGGAACGCUGCUUGUACUUGAUGUGCAGUUCUAUCUGCCAGAGACAUUGUCAGUGUUGUUAAAGCGUGCGAAUGGGGAGGCAGCAUAUGCACAAGUGCCCUCGAGAAUCGCUUCAGGAUCAGCUCUGCAGCUGACAGACCAGGAAAAUCGUGCAGGGUCUCGGGUGCUUGAUGCUGUUCCCACAGUUGAGGUUGUUGCCCUUCUUGAGGCAGGCGCCCUUCGUGAUCUCGAGAAUAUGGCAGCACUGAAUUUUGCUGUAUCUGGCUCACGCAAGGUUGCAGUAAUCCUCUCAGAGAGUCGAAGAAAUGUUCGCUUGUAUGAAAUGGAAGUGGAGGAAGAAGAAGAAGAGGAAGACGGUAUGGAUGGUGCAGCAGGAACCACCGAUUCCCUUACUCUAGAUACUAGCCAAGGUUCAGAAGUUGGGUUUGACUGACUGAGACCAAGCAAUGUGCUCCAAUCACUGUGCUCAAAUAGUUAAUGGUGUUUACUGCUGUUAUUUAGCAUUAAACGUAUUGUAUAAAGGCUGUAAUAUUUUUUGUCUGGCAAGGAACCUUCAAUUUCCAUUGACUCCAUCUGGGAAAAACUGUGAGCCCUGUGUGGGUGAUGUAUAAUUUUCUUCCUCAUUGUUCAAGUCCAUGUCAUUUAUUUAAUUAUUUAUUUAUUUUAAGAAAUAUAUUGUAUCCCAACAAAGAGGAAGCAUUUUGUGAUACAUGAAAAUUUGGAUGCUGGAUACAUUUCUCCCCUGAUUUCAUAAAGUUUUUCAUUUUUUGUAA